UCAAAAGCUACCUACAUCAAGUAAUAUAUAGUGGUGUUCAUUGGUGACCAUAUGAUGCAGCAGCGCUCGACGACCGACAACUCAACCUACGGCAUUUCCCAUCCAAAAACUAACACAAACCUCUUCUAUUACCCACACAUAUUAUUAUUAUUGCCAUACACCUCUUUUUCUUGCUUUCUCUUUUUUUUUCCUCUCUCUCUUUUCCUUCUCAUUCACCGCUUUUUUCAUCUGCCUCAUUCCUUAAAAACUAAUUAAUGCAACCAUCGGCAGCAUCUGCAGGUGACCAAGCCUCCCAUUCCUCUAUGGCUCUCUAUAGUUCUCCUUUCAGAACUUCUCGGCCAAGGCUAGAGUCGCCUCAACAAACACACCAAGCUGCUUUUCAAUAUAAUCGGUCUAGCCAUUAUCAUCGAUACAGUAGCCCAUCUCCUCCACACCUUCCCAGUAACAACCGGGGGAAUGUACUUCCAUUUUCCUCUAGCACGCAAUCAUCUCCUAAUAACGCGCUGACUCUAAAGGCUACCAAUGGUUCAACAUCAGCCACUACCGUUGUUCAUACCCCUCCAACCGCUCCGGUGAACCCAAUAGCUGAAUCGAAAGAAAAACAGCAAACGAUUGUUGCUCCGUCCCAACCACAAACGACGUCCGCCGCCCCCAACGAUAAUCAACAAGAUACUGCACAAGCUCAAGAAAUAACGUGGUUAUUCUUUCGAGAUAACAAAUGGAUGCCAUUUCAAAGUGAAAAUCACUAUAAAAUUGAGCAGGCAUUUACGCUUGGAGAUCAUAAUUUUCCACAAUUGAAAAGUAUACGAGUAUUUCCAACGCGAUUCUACCUUUCAUACUUGGGAAUGAAGGUAAGAAAAAAAAAGUUCCAGAAAGAUAAAAUAAUCUUGUUUAUUUGCCCCAACUGAUGAUCGACAUCUUGCUCAUCUCUUGUCUCCUUUUCUCUAAUAGUAUCGACUAAGCUGUGUCAUACAAGGAUGACGGCCCAAAAAAAAAAACAAAUUCGGGGAACCCGAUCCAAAGGAUAUCAACGACUGGAAUGCACGAACCAAAACCAAUGUGGAACAAUUUGUACAGAUCGAAUCAACUCACCACCUCCAUAAGAAAACUAUCGAAUAUGGAAAACAAAUAUCAAAUGGGUAAAGGCGAAAAAAAAAAUGAAAAAAAAUAUAAUUUGGAAAAGAACUCGACUUGAAGAACAACAUCAUACCACACGCAGAGAAGCUAGGAAAGACCAUGU